AUGGCGGGGUUGGGGGCCGCUCGGCAGCUCCUCCUCCUCCAGCUCCUGAGCCUGGCGCAGGCCCAGGGGGUGGGCAGAGGUGGCGCUGUCUUGAGGGAGUCCCCGGGGCUUGCUGACAUCCAUGACUACCAGCAGCAGGCCCCCGCCCGCUCCUCAGACCCCACUGGGGCCUUGCAGGAGCAGUGGCGCCCUCUGCAGGAGUCACUGAAAAGGCUGGAGGCUGAGGUGACACAGCUCAGAGAGCAGAACAAGGACCUGCAGGAGAGGAUGAGGCAGCUGGAGUCCUGCGAAUGCCGCCCCGCUUCUCCCCAGUGCUGGGCGCUGGGGCAAAGCGGGCCUGAAGGGGCUCGAUGGCAGCUUUACGCCUGCCCGCUUAAGCCCUGUAUUGACGUCUCUGCGCACAUCGACACCAAACGUGCAGGGACCGUGCGGUGCCAGGGGCCCUCGUGCCCAGAGCUCAGCUGCCUGGAGAGCUACACCCCACCCGGGGAGUGCUGCCCCGUCUGCUGCACAGAAGGUGGCUCUCGCCGGGAGCACGGCCAAGAAUGGACUGCACCUGGGGACCCCUGCCGGCUCUGCCAGUGCCUGGAGGGCCAAAUCCAGUGCCGCCAGCGAGAAUGCUCCAGCCUGUGCCUACCUGCCCGGCCCCUCCCGGGCACCUGCUGCCCCGUGUGCGAUGGCUGUUUCCUAAACGGGCGGGAGUACCACAGCGGGGAGCCGGUGGGCUCCGGGGACCCCUGCUCGCACUGCCGCUGUGCUAACGGGAGCGUCCAGUGCGAGCCUCUGCCCUGCCCGGCUGCGCCCUGCAGACACCCAGGCAGGCUCCCCGGGCAGUGCUGCCCCGUCUGUGCCGGCUGUGAGUACCAGGGACACCACUAUCAGAGCCAGGAGACCUUCCGACUCCAAGAGGGUGGCCGCUGCCUGCGCUGCUCCUGCCAGGCCGGCGAGGUCUCUUGUGAGGAGCAGGAGUGCCCGGUCGCCCCCUGCACCCUGCCAGACUCUGGUCCCCAGCUGUGCUCAGCCUGUGUGCUUGGUGGAGAGGAGUUUGCUGAGGGUGUCCAGUGGGAGCCUGAUGGUCAGCCCUGCACAGCCUGCUCCUGCCAAGACGGGGUGCCCGUGUGCGGGGCUGUGCUCUGCUCCCCAGCCCCCUGCCAGCACCCCACCCAGACACCUGGCGCCUGCUGCCCCAGCUGUGAGAGCUGCACCUACCACGGCCACGUGUAUGCCAACGGGCAGAACUUCACGGACACGGACAGCCCUUGCCACGCCUGCCGAUGCGAGGACGGGACUGUGAGGUGCUCCUUGGCCGACUGUCCACCCACAACGUGCGCCAGGCCCCAGAGUGGACCAGGCCAGUGCUGCCCCAGGUGCCCAGACUGUGUCCUGGAGGAACAAGUGUUUGCGCACGGCGAGAGCUUCUCCCACCCCCGAGACCCCUGCCAGGAGUGCAGGUGUCAGGAGGGCCACGCCCGCUGCCAGCCUCGGGCCUGCCCCAAGCCCCCCUGCACCCACCCGCUGCCUGGUCCCUGCUGCCGCAACGACUGCCAUGGCUGUGCCUUCGGCGGGAAAGAGUACCCCCACGGAGCAGACUUCCCCCACCCCUCUGACCCCUGCCGCCUGUGCCACUGUCUGAGCGGCAACGUGCAGUGCCUGGCCCGCCGCUGCCCUCCGCUGCCCUGUGCGGAGCCGGUCCUGCUGCCCCGAGAGUGCUGCCCGCAGUGCCCAGCCUCCCCGUCCAGCUGUCCGAGGCCGGGGGGCUUGGAGCCCGUGCGCCACCAGGAGCACUUCUUCCUGCCGGGGGACCCCUGCCACCGCUGCCUCUGCCUGGACGGCUCCGUGUCCUGCCAGCGCCUGCCCUGCCCGCCCGCGCCCUGCGCCCACCCCCGCCAGGGGCCCUGCUGCCCCUCCUGUGACGGCUGCCUGUAUGAGGGGAAGGAGCUGGCCAGCGGGAAGCGCUUCCCGUCGCCCACAGUGCGGUGCCACGACUGCCUCUGCCUGGAGGGCAGCGUCAGCUGCGAGCCCAGGGCCUGUGCCCCUGCCCAGUGCCCUUUCCCUGCCAGGGGUGACUGCUGCCCUGCCUGUGAUGGCUGUGAGUAUUUGGGGGAGUCCUACCUGAGCGGCCAGGAGUUCCCAGAGCCCCGAGCGCCCUGCAACCUGUGUACCUGCCUGGAAGGCUUUGUGACCUGCGGCCGCAGACCCUGUGAGCCUCUGGGCUGCAGCCACCCGCUCAUCCCAUCUGGGCACUGCUGCCCCACCUGCCAGGGAUGCCUCUAUCAUGGAGUCACUGCUGCCCUAGGAGAGACCCUCCCUGACCCACUGGACCCCACCUGCUCCCUGUGCACCUGCCAGGAAGGUUCCAUGCGCUGCCAGAAGAAGCCAUGUCCACCUGCUCUCUGCCCUCACCCCUCCCCAGGCCCCUGCUCCUGCCCUGUGUGCCACAGAUGCUUCUCUCAGGGCCGGGAGCACCAGGAUGGGGAGGAGUUUGAGGGGCCCACAGGCAGCUGCGAGAGGUGUCGCUGCCAGGCCGGCCACGUCAGCUGUGUGCGGCGGCGGUGCCCACCCCUGUCCUGCCCACUCCAGGUCACCGAGCAGGGGAGCUGCUGCCCUCGCUGCAGAGGCUGCCUGGCCCACGGGGAGGAGCACCCUGAAGGCAGUACCUGGGAGCCUCCGGACAGCCCCUGCUCCUCCUGCAUGUGUCGCGAGGGUGUUGUCACCUGCGCCCGAGUCCAGUGCGUCAGCUCCUGUGCCCAUCCCCGCCAGGGGCCCAGUGACUGCUGCCCUCGAUGCUCUGACUGUGAGCAUGAGGGCCGGAAGUAUGAGCCAGGGGACAGCUUCCAGCCUGGGGCCGACCCCUGUGAAGUGUGCAUCUGCGAGCUGCAGCCCGAGGGGCCUCCCAGCCUUCGCUGUCACCGACGGCAGUGUCCCAGCCUGGUGGGCUGCCCUGCCAGCCAGCUCCUGCCCCCGGGGCCUCAGCACUGCUGUCCCACCUGUGCCCAGGCCUUGAGUAACUGCACAGAGGGCCUGCUGGGGUCUGAGCUGGUCCCGCUGGACCCCUGCUACACCUGCCAGUGCCAGGACCUGACCUGGCUCUGCGUUCACCAGGCCUGUCCUGAGCUCAGCUGUCCCCCCUCAGAGCGCCAUACCCCCCCUGGGGGCUGCUGCCCUGUGUGCCGGGCUCCUGCCCAGUCAUGUGAGCACCAGGGCCGAGAGGUGGCCUCCGGGGAAAGCUGGGCCGUGGACCCCUGCACCAGCUGCUCCUGCGUGGCCGGCGCCGUGCGCUGCCAGAGUCAGCGCUGCCCGCCGCUCUCCUGUGGCCCUGACGAGGCUCCCGCCCUGAAUCCCGGCAGCUGCUGCCCCCGCUGCCUGCCGCGGCCGGCUUCCUGCAUGGCCUUCGGAGACCCCCAUUACCGCACCUUCGACGGCCGCCUGCUGCACUUCCAGGGCAGCUGCAGCUACGUGCUGGCCCGGCACUGCCGUGGAGGGGACUUCAGUGUGCACGUGACCAACACUGACCGGGGCCGGAGCGGCGUGGCCUGGACCCAGGAGGUGGCGGUGCUGCUGGGAGACGUGGCCGUGCGGCUGCUGCAGGGCGGGGCGGUCACGGUGGACGGGCGCCCUGUGGCCCUGCCCUUCCUGCAGGAGCCGCUGCUGUACGCGGAGCUGCGGGGAGGCACUGUGAUCCUGCACACCCAGCCGGGGCUCCAGGUGCUGUGGGAUGGGCAGUCCCAGGUGGAGGUGAGAGUGCCUGGCUCCUACCGGGGCCAGAUUUGUGGGCUCUGUGGGAACUUCAAUGGCUUUGCCCAGGAUGAUCUGCAGGGCCCUCAGGGGCUGCUCCAACCCACUGAGGCUGCCUUUGGGAAUAGCUGGCAGGUCCCCGAGGGGCCGGGACCGGGUCGGCCCUGUUCCAAGGGCCGGGAGGUGCAUCCUUGCCGAGCAGCAGGCUACCGUGCCCGGCGUGAGGCCAACGCCCGGUGCGGGGUGCUGAAGUCCUCCCCGUUCAGUCGCUGCCACGCUGUGGUGCCGCCGGAGCCCUUCUUUGCCGCCUGUGUGUAUGACCUGUGUGCCUGUGGCCCUGGCUCCUCGGCUGACACCUGCCUCUGCGAUGCCCUGGAAGCCUAUGCCAGCCACUGUCGCCAGGCAGGGGCGACGCCGGCCUGGCGGGGCCCGACGCUCUGUGUGGUGGGCUGCCCCCUGGACCGUGGCUUCGUGUUCGAUGAGUGUGGCCCGCCCUGUCCCCGCACCUGCUUCAACCAGCACGUCCCCCUGGGGGAGCUGUCUGCCGACUGUGUGAGGCCCUGUGUUCCCGGCUGCCAGUGCCCUGCAGGCCUGGUGGAGCAUGAAGCCCACUGUAUCCCACCCGAGGCCUGCCCCCCAGUCCUACUCACUGGGGACCAGCCACCCCGAGAUCUGCUCAGCCCCAGCCAGGAGUCCCGGGGGACACCUGACCCAGGAUGACAGCGACUGGGACUCAUCAGACCAGAAGGCUCUCCUUGGAGAGCAGCUCCCACCCUGGCCAGAGCUUCAGCGAGAGUGCCCUGCGCUGGCACUGGGAGCCUGGGCCCAUGUCACACAAAAACCCCAGCCGUGUUGAGUCAGAAGCAGUAAACUCGGGGCCUGACCUAA